CGAGCUGAGCCGGGGAGAGGGUAGGCUCCUCUCAGCGGCGCUGCGGAGACCUCAGCCCAGGACGCUGCCCCUCCCCGGGCCUCUCCCCUCUUGCCCACGAGUCCCCACAGUUCGUAGGCCUCUCGGAUCUGAUACCGUGGGGUGAGGUGCGAGCAGGCCCGGGGAGGGUGAUUGCUGAGGAGCCGCUAUCGCGAUCAAGAUGAUAGAGGUCCUGACAACAACUGACGCUCAGAAACUGCUACACCAGCUGAAUGCCCUUUUGGAACAGGAGUCUAGAUGUCAGCCAAAGGUCUGCGGCUUGAGAUUAAUUGAGUCUGCACACGAUAAUGGCCUCAGAAUGACUGCAAGGCUAAGGGACUUUGAAGUAAAAGACCUUCUUAGUUUAACUCAGUUCUUUGGCUUCGAUACAGAGACAUUUUCUCUAGCUGUGAAUUUACUGGACAGAUUCCUGUCCAAAAUGAAGGUACAGCCUAAGCACAUUGGGUGUGUUGGACUGAGCUGCUUUUAUUUGGCUGUAAAAUCAAUUGAAGAGGAAAGAAAUGUCCCAUUGGCAACUGACUUGAUCCGUAUAAGCCAGUAUAGGUUCACAGUUUCAGACUUGAUGAGAAUGGAAAAGAUUGUACUGGAAAAGGUGUGUUGGAAAGUCAGAGCUACUACUGCCUUUCAAUUUCUGCAACUCUAUUAUUCACUCAUUCAAGAGAACAUGCCAUGUGGAAGGAAAAACAGCCUUAAUUUUGAAAGACUAGAAGCUCAACUUAAGGCAUGCCACUGCAGGAUCAUAUUUUCUAAAGCAAAGCCUUCUGUGUUAGCAUUGUCUAUCAUUGCAUUGGAGAUCCAAGCACAGAAGUAUGUAGAGUUAACAGAAGGAGUAGAAUGCCUUCAGAAACAUUCCAAGAUAAAUGGCAGAGAUUUGAUCUUCUGGCAAGAGCUUGUAUCCAAGUGUUUAACUGAAUAUUCAUCAAACAAGUGUUCCAAACCAAAUGUUCAGAAGUUGAAAUGGAUUGUUUCUGGGCGUACUGCACGGCAACUGAAACAUAGUUACUACAGAAUCACCCACCUUCCAACAAUUCCUGAAACGGUUCCUUAAUUGGAUUAUUACAGCAACAAUAUCUCCUCUCUGAAGCCUUUUUCCACUACCCUGAGCUAUGGAUUCAUUAGUGUUAUAACAGAUUUAAGCUGUGAAGUCUUGAAAUAUCACAACUAGAUUAACAUUGAUGUUCUCAGACUUGGGAAAACUGCCUGCUUAAUAUUAUGCUACAGAAUUGUUUAGAUUUGAAUUCAUCUAUGAAGCCUACAAAUCAGCUAACAGCAUACAUACAAGCCUGGGAAGAUAAACUGUGAAUCUUCAUUUCUAACAUUGAUCCAAAUUUCUAUAUUGGAUCAAUAUAUGUAUUUAGAUGGUACUGAAAUUGGUAACCUACUUAAGUCUCAUUUUAAGUGUGUUUUUUAAAUUGUGAGGUGUAUAUCAAAACCAACUUUCACAUGCACUUUUCAGGCAUAACAGAGUACUAUUCUAGGCAGUAUAAAUGAUUUCUUGGUACUCACAAUGCCAAGUGAUGGAUAUUCCAUAGAUGUGGAUUUAUUACUACAUGGCAAUUACAUUUAAAUUUAAAGGCAUUUUAUAUAAAGCAAAAAAUACAGUCCUGGUAAGCUUGGCAUAUUCAUUAAGUUAUUGUUAAUAUUUUUUCUAGAACACAGGUGAUGUUUAUAUCCAUGAUAAAAAUUUUUAUAUAGAAUCUAUUGCCUCAGUCUAAUCCCAUCGAGAAAGUCAGCUUCUCUUGUAACAAAAUAAAUUAUUACUCUUGUAACAAAAAAAAAAUUACUUGCUUUACCCCACCAAAGCAAGU